UCUACUUGCCCUGCCUUCGAAAGGACUCUUGCCGCCACUUUGGCAUAUGUGUUCAGCCAGCGGUUGUGUUAACACCCCCACUCCCAAGCUUUCUCUUUUUCAAAUUCAGCCAUCACACCCCUGGUUGACCAUUGAUGCGUGGGACCAAAUCUUGGACCUGUAGACUGUAAUUCAUCCCUGCCUGUAUGGUGUGGGCUAAAAGACUUACCCCUCUUAACCAAUGUUGUACCUUGCUCAUCAACCUCUCUGUGUCGCCUCGUUACUACCACGAGAGGCAAAUGCCACACUAAGCUGAAAAGGGCUAAAUGAAUAAACAUGGGGAGAUAGACAGGAGAAGAGCAGGAUGAUUUUCAAAAUGAAAAAUAUCCUGCUGACACAGUCCUUUACAGCUUGCUGCACAACUAUGAUUUAUGUAGUGUAACUGAGCUAUUAUUUACUGAUAUCUCCCUGAAUUUUAAUCAGACAUCUGAAAAUGCCAGUGCCAUGUCCUUUGUCUGUUAUGAUGCUACUGAAUAAUGUAAUGAAUAGUGUAAUGAAAGCCAUUAUGAGAUCAUCACUUUCUUACCCUUUAUCAUCAGAACCUUUUGUGAACUUCAAAGUACGGGGGGGGGAAGCAACAUGUAUCGCUUCAUAAAUCCUCUUUUAAAGCACAUCAUUCACAGAGGUUCCUUUGACACUGCUGCAAGGAUGCAGUGCCUGAAGUAUUUACAAACUCUGAGGACUCUGCAGUUUAAUGGUCACAACACCAUCUUCUUAGGAGAAACUGAUAUUUCAGAAAGUCUCAUAACAGGGGAAAAGUUAUCACAUGAAGACGGCCAGAACUGGCCAACGUGGACACUCAUUCAUGCUGCAAGCAGUCAAGGCUGGGUGCCAUGGAGAUACAGACUGUUGCUAAGAGAUGAAUUGCCCAUGAAGCAGCAUGAAGACAUCUUUCAGGAAUUGUGCGAGUCUCUGAACAAAUUCUAUGGGCAAUGCAUCAUUGUGGUGCGAGAGAAGAGGCAACCUAGUGAGCUGCAGGGAAAAGAAUUCACUGCUAAGGAGACAAUAACUCACCCACAGGUUCCAUCAGUCACUUACAUGUCCAGCAUUGAGUGCUGCCCUCAAAUUGCACAAGCCAAUGGCCAUGAGGUUCUCUCCGUGCCUUUGCCCUACAACUAUCUCCACCCUAUGGAUGUCGCGUGGUCUUCUUUGAAGUGGUUUAUUAUCAACAACAGGAAGGAGUUUUGUCUGAGGUCCAUUGAGAGAACUUAUUCCUAUAGGUGUAUCCUGUUCAGUGACUUGGUUGAGAAAGGACUAGAGAAGAUGACCCCAAGCAAAUGGAAAAUAGUGACAAACAAAGUGCGGCGAUGGGAAAACUACUACCUUGAUACAUUUGCUUGAGGGUUCCCUCCUGCAAACAUCAACUGCUCUUCAAUAAAAUAAAAGACCAAUUAGCCAGUGGGCAAGCUCUGCUGAGCCACUUCGCUUCUUAGAUGCCAGCCUCCAACAGAGACAGUAACAAUUAUGUUGAUAAAAAGAUCAUGUAAAUCUGAAUUUUAAUCUCUUUAUGUGAUCCAGGACUAGGUUGGUAAGUGGCGUGUAAGUUCUGGGGCAGAUAGAUUUCCCUUAAUCACAGAAAUGGUCCCAAAGCAAAACUAAGGAUCCAAACAGCUUGAUUAUGGGAUGAGUUUGGAUGCUGACCUGAGUCUGAAUAUUUCUUUUUCCUUCAUCAAAUCAAACUCCAGAGAUAAAAACACUUGACCUUCGGGGAAUUUUGAGUUGGUUCCUGAUCUGCAGCUGAAUUUUGCAGCUCAGGCCUAUCUCUGACCAUUUUGGGAGAUCUAUUCAUGAGCAAAGUACAGCUGAGGUAUACAUUCCAAUGAUUUUUAUGCUUUACAGGGGAAACAAACCAGAGGAAUUCAAGUUAAGUUGACUUUAACAUAAAACAUAGGUAUUGGCAUAUCACUUCAGACCAGUAUCUGACCAUGAUCAGCACCAGAUAUUUUGGAAAAAUGUGUAUUGCAUGUUUAUUUGAAUGGCUUGAUCGAUGCACUGAAAAUCCAUCCUACUUUUUCCAUCUGUGGAAAU